AUGGCCAUCUCAUCCUUCCUCGUCCUCUCCCUCGCCCUGCUCGCCCAAGCCCGCCCAAAGCACGCCUUUGAACCGGAAGACCUCGGCCACAGAAUCACCCUCCCCGUCAUCCCGGGCUCGCCCUCACCAAACCAAGAAGCCGCCGCCGCCGCCGCCGCCGCCGACCUUUCGCAACGCAGUGCCCCCGAGCAGCAGCAGCAGGAGGACAAACCAUUCCACAUCCUGCCGUACCCCUACCCCAGCAAACGAGAUGUCGAGCCGGAGGAGGAAGAAGACAAGCCGUUCCACAUCCUGCCGUACCC